CAAUUGUUUUGUUUUUAUUUUUUUCCGUCGUCUUGAAAAUGUUUUCCUUCCCCUCCCCCAGUGGUGUUUCGUUUUGAUACCGGCGGGGGUGUUUUGCUUGUUUUGCACGUGACUCGGACGCAAGGAAGGGGGCGACGUGACGUCAGGCAAGGUGCUGGGCCGGAGGGGUUCGUUCUCUGCAGCUGCGUGGCGAAGAUGCCGCACGCUUCGCGAGACGCGCGGCGCCCCCGUCGCGGCGCCGCCGCCGCGUCCGCGCCGAGGACGUGAUCGCCGGAGCGAGAAGGAGCGGCGGAGGGGGGCGGCCGAGCGGCUUGUCGGGGCUCUGCGCUUUCUCCGCCGCCAUGGCCAGAGCUCUGCGGCGGCUUUUUCAUCUGGUGCUCUUCUGCCCUCUGUCCAAAGGCCUGCAGGUACGCCCGCCCUCAAUCCGUGUGAAGUACCUGCUCUUGGCGUGGUUGGGCGUCCUGGUGGCCAGCUGGGUGCUCUACGUGCAGUACGCUUCCUACUCGGAGCUGUGCCGCGGACACGUCUGUCAGGCCGUCAUCUGCGACCACUACAGCAGAGGCGUCAUCUCCGGGUCUUCCUGCAAGGCUCUGUGCGAGCACAAAACGCUGACGCUGCGCCACUGCUUGUCCACCUCCUCACAACAUCAGGUGUACGCCGGCCAUUGGAAGGAGAGGCCGGUGGUGAUCAAGUGCGGCAUCGAGGACGGCGCAAAGGCCGACGGCGCUCCGGAUUCGGCCAACCGUCGGAGGAGGGGCCCGUUCGAAAAACCCACGCGCGGAACCUCCGUGGACGAGUUUAAGGAGAUGUUGCACGGCUUCCUCAAGGACAACCUCGGGGAGCAGCCGUCGUUGAGCGCCCUGGUGGACAGAAUCAUUUCGCUGGCCGACAUCAACCAGGACGGCAAACUGUCUCUGGCCGAGGCCAAGUCCAUCUGGGCCCUCCUGCGCGUCAACGAGUUCCUCUUGAUGGUGGCCCUCCAGGAGAAGGAGCACACCCCCAAACUGCUGGGCUUCUGCGGCGACCUGUACGUGACGGAGCCGCUGGGGCACACCUCCCUCUACAGGCUGGAGGUGCCGCCCUACCUGCGGGCUCUGGUGCCGGGCGCCCUGGUGUCGGGCCUGAACCGCUGGCUGGCGCCGGCCUGGCCCCGGCGGGCGCGCAUCACCAUCGGCCUGCUGGAAUUCGUGGAGGAGGUCUUCCACGGGCCCUACGGCAGCUUCCUGAUCUGCGACGCCAGCCCGCGCCACGUGGGCUACAACGCCAAGUACGACUGCAAGAUGGCCGACCUGCGCGCCGUGGCCUCCGAGGCGGCGGUGCGGGCCCACCUGAAGGGCCGGCGCUGCGAGACCAACGCCGACUGCACGUACGGCCGCGACUGCACGGCCACCUGCGACCGACUGGCCAAGCGUUGCAACGCCGACGUGGUGCGGCCCAACCUGGCCAAGGUGUGCGCCCUGCUCCAGGACUUCCUGCUCCACGGGGCGCCGGCCGAGCUGCGGGGCGACUUGGAGCGCCAGCUGCGCACCUGCGUCACGCUGAGCGGGCUGGCCAGCCAGAUGGAGGUGCACCAUUCGCUGGUGCUCAACAACCUCAAGACCCUUCUGUGGAAGAAAAUCUCCAACACGCAGUACUCCUGAAGGACGCACGGAACCCAUCUUUGACUCGGGGCCGGAUUGACUCAAGCUCUACGCUUUAUUCCCCAACGUUGAACGGCUCCACCGUAAACCGAAAUGAUUUGAGCAGUGAACGGAGUUGUACACGAUGAAGCUGUGAUUAAAAAUUGGACUGCA